AUGUCCUCCAACGCGUAUACCAACCCCAACGCUACUGACUGGUAUCCUCUUCCCGGAUACCCCGACAACAAUACCCAUCCUUUUGGCUGGGAACCCGACGCAGAUGGAUUCCGUGGACACAUCUUUGUUUCCGAAGACAAUUCGACCGUGGUGGUUUCGGUGAAGGGCACGAGUGCUGGGUGGAUGGUUGGAGGUGGGGGACCGACGGUUGCGAAGGACAAACUGAACGAUAACUUGUUGUUUUCGUGCUGCUGCGCAAAAGUCGGGCCGACGUGGUCUCCAGUGUGCGGAUGUCAUCAGGGAGGGUACAAGUGCGGCCAGAAUUGUCUAGAGCGCUCGCUCGCAGACGACAGCUUGUUUUACUCGGUUGGAAUUAACCUCUACAAUAACGUCACCUACAUGUAUCCUGACGCCAACAUCUGGAUGAUCGGCCAUUCUCUUGGAGGGUCUCUAGCUUCCCUCAUCGGCAAUACAUUCGGUGCACCAGUGGUCACAUUCGAAGCCCCACCUGAGAAGCUUGCCGCUACUAGGCUCCAUCUCCCCACCCCACCCUCAGUACAACACAUCACCCACGUAUUUCAUACCGCUGACCCUAUCGCUAUGGGCACAUGCAACGGCGUGAGGUCUCUUUGCGCUAUUGGCGGGUACGCCAUGGAGUCUAAAUGCCAUAUGGGAAAUAUAGUCAAAUAUGAUACCAUUACUGACCUUGGAUGGAGCGCCGACUCACGCACGCAUGGGAUCCUUGUGAUCAUCGAGAGAUUGCUGGGUACCGACUGGUGGAGAGAGAAGCAUAGCAACGCCAGCGAUGGAGGGGCGGGCAAGGAGCCAACGAAGUAUAGAGAGGUCCCUGAGCCAACAGUGGACGAAGAUUGCAUAGACUGCUUCGAUUGGGAAUUUGUGGAAGAGGAUUCUGCCUUCUCGCGUGGUUGUCAUUAA